GCCCAAUUCGUUCGGCUUGAUGUUUUCCGGGAGAAACGCUAUCUCUCUCUGCUCCGUCUCCGUUGACUUGCUCCACGAGAAUGGCGGCGAACUCGGUGCUGGCUCGAGCAGGGCUCGUUCCGUCGGUUCCGACCAGUCGACGGGCCGCGGGAGCGGCGGAUUUGGAGCCGCCGGUGGUGGUGGUGGUGGUGGUUUCGGGAGGCUCCGCGACGCCGUGUCCCGCUUCGACGCGAUCAUCAGGACGCAGCCUUUGCCUCCCACGAAGGAAUUUGGCCGGGUGUUGUCCGUCGUGGUCAGGAUGAGGCAUUACUCUGCCGCCAUUGCCUUGAUCGAGGAAAUGCAGGCUCGCGGGGUUGGGUUGAAUGUCUACAUUUGGGGGAUUCUGAUGAACUGUCUCUGCCGUCUGAGGAGGGUGGAGCUGGGUUUCGCUGUUCUGGGAAGGGUCCUGAAGCUCGGGUUCGGGGUCAACCUGGUGACGUUGAACACGCUGGUCAACGGGCUGUGCGAGGGUGGAGAGAUCGAUCGAGCGCUGAGGUUGGUCGAUGAAAUGGGAAAUCAUCAAGGGUUGAAGCCCAGUGAGUACACGUAUGGAGCCAUUCUGAAAGGCGCGUUGGGGAAGGGGAAGGAGGACAGAAGCCUGGCCAUGGAGUUGCUGAGAAAGUGGGAGAGACAGAAUUGCAGGAUGAAUGUGGUUGCGUACAAUACGGUGAUCGACGUUCUGUGUAAGGACGGGUUAGUAUCGGAUGCGGUAAACCUCUGUAAAGAUAUGGUCGGUAGAGGCGUCGAACCGGAUAUCAUCACCUACAAUUCCUUAAUUUGGGGUCUAUGCUAUUUAGGCCGGUGGAAACAAGCUCUUGCUCUGUCAAUCAAGAUGGUCGGGAAAGGCGUCCAAUCCGAUUUAUUGACUUAUAGCUACUUGAUUCACGGUGCCACUGGUCAUGGUCGGUGGAGAGAAGCUCUAGUUUUGUUGGAGCAGAUGGUGCGUGAAGGCUUUGUCGCAGAUGCUCUUACUUAUACCUCGUUGGUUCAGUGUCUAUGCAGUUUCGGUAAAUGCGUAGAGGCUAGAAGGCUGUUAAUUGAUAUGGUGCAAAGGAGGGUUGUCGCAGAUGUUCGAACCUUCUCCCCUGAGGUCAGGGCACUUUGUAUGGAAGGGAUGAAAACCGAAGCAAAAUGUGUCAUUGAGGAGCCUGAAAUAGUUACGUCAAAAUAUUGAUGGAUGGUUAUUGCCUUA